CUAAAAUACACAGAGCAUCCAGGCCAAACGGAGAGAGAGAGAAUCAGGGUAAUUAAUUACGGGUAGCUAGCUUCUUCACCAUGUGGAUGAUAAAUGGUGGUGACAGCAAUGAGCCUAGCAUGAACGAUUUCUUCAACCCAAAGCCCAACACUACUACACUUUGCACAUAUACUACUGCAACUCCUCUCACCUAUGUAGGACUAAAACAUCAUCUCGCCAAAACAAGUGAGCAAAGCAGGGGGAGAAAACUCAAAGAGCAAGCAGAAGCAACGAGAAGUUCGAGAUGGAACCCAACAGCAGAACAGCUACUAGCACUAGAAGAAAAGUACAGUUGCGGAGUUCGAACUCCAACAACUAACCAAAUCCAACAAAUAACUUCAGAACUUCGAAGGUUUGGGAAGAUUGAAGGGAAGAAUGUGUUUUACUGGUUUCAAAACCACAAGGCAAGAGAAAGACAAAAACACCGUCAAGUACAACAAAAACACAAAAAUACUGAUCAUGAAAGCUCGAAUAAGAUGAAAGAAUCAGGUCCGAGGAAGACAGUUCUUGGAGUUGAUCAAACAAACAACUUGGCACCUCAUUCAAAAUGCAGUACUGAUCAUGUAGAGGGACCUGUUUCAGUGAAUGGAGCAGCAAUAGCAGAAAGUGGAACACAUGGGUGGUCAGAAUUUGAGGAGAGGGAAUUACAACAGAUGAAAAGUAUCAGUCUUGAUAUGCAUGCCAUGUGGCAAACUAUGGACUUGUCUUCCUCUACUCCCGUCCACCGCUUGACUAGCACCAUGACCACAAUAGCGUCAAAAUGCUCAAGCCUUGAAGAGCACAGUUCGCUGUUGAGACCCACCAAGACAGCAACUCAUGCAAAUCAUGAUGGUGAAAUUAGGGAAGUUCAAACUCUUCAGCUGUUUCCACUUUGUAGUGAUGAUGGUAAUGGUGCUAAUGGUACCAAUAAUGACAGAAAUGUACCCAUCAAGACCAUAAAUACGACCUUCACCCCAAGCCAGUUUUUUGAGUUUCUUCCUCUGAAGAACUGAAAGGAAACAGCAGCUAACCCAUGUGACUAUAAUGCAGCUCUUAAUUGCUUUGCUGUAUAUGCAAUGUGGUUGAUAUGUUCACGUUUGUUUUCUAGUAGGAGAUUGGGUGCUGUUCUUUCUGUUCACAUCAUGCUCAGAGCAACUGUAGGAUAAGGACAUCUCUUAGUAUUGUUUGAGAUGUUGCCUUAUGCAUUUGGACCUUGUUGGUUAGCCAAGGUAGACCUCCACUCUUUCCUACAGAGGCGUUUUCCUGACAAGAUUUCUAUUAUGCAGACAUUGUAGUAGAUGGAUGUGAAUGAGUUUGUCGUUGAAUUGAAA